AUGAAGCUGCGCGUGCAGUUACAAUGCAAGAACCUCCAUGAGUACCUGAAAGAGUUGAGCCCUGAGAUCUUGGACAGAUUGUACAACCAUCCGGCCACAUGUCUGGCUGUCUACAGGUGCGGGAUCAGUCCAGUUAAACAACACUAUUAUAGUAACUGUAAAAUAUGACAUGCAUAAAUCCUGCUGUUUGCUAUGCUUAGUACACAAAUUGAUCUUUAAUGCACACAUUAUUAUUUAUAACAUAUUUGGAACAGAACACAGGCUGUCUACAAAUUUAGCACCAUGUUACAUAUACAAGCACAAUGAUCGGUAUUUUGGGUUGCACCGGACUCACAUGCAACGUAAAUCAGGGAGUCAGAUUAUCUGCUUGUUUCACUGCUUGACAGGGAGCUCCCCCCAUUGGCCAAGAAUUAUGUAAUGCGAAUGCUGUUCCUAGACCAACCCCUUCCUCAGGCAGCGGUGGCUCUGUGGGUGAAAAAAGACAGUGAAAAGUAAGUCUAUCCGAAUCAUACAUAGUACGUGUCCGAUGCUCCAUUGUAAAUUCAGUCAAAUGUCAGGUUGUUAAAUGACUGUCAGUUAACCUUCAGUCUCUGUAGUUCACUCUCUCUUUCUUCUUCUCUUUCUUCAGGGACCACGAUCAGUGUGUCUCUGUGCUGUCUGGUCUCAGACUAUGGCACAGCCAGCAGCUACAGGGAGGCCUGCAGGGAAACGUUCUGAACCCCGUAUUCAAAGACAACCUGAGAAUAGCAUUAUUAGGAGGGUAAGUCAACCCUUUCAUGUGUAAGGUACUUAGUAUCUACAGUACCACAUGGGGGCUUAAUAUGCCAGCAGUAGAACUACCAAAGCUAAAACUUGCGAGUGAACGCGUCUUUCGUACGGCUCAUGUAUUAUGGCUCACGUAUGCUUACUCUCUUCUCCUCCUCCUCCUCUUCUUCCUGCUCCUCCACUACCUCCUCUUCCACUACCGCCUCCUCAUCUUCCUCCUCCUCCACUACCUCCUCUUCCUCCUCCUCUCAGGGGUAAGUCGUGGGCAGACCAGGGUGACAGUCUGGGUCCUGACAGACAUGCCCGUGAUGUGGAGAGUCUGGAUAAGUAUGCCUUGGAGCGCUGGGAGGUUGUUCUCCACUUCAUGGUGGGCUGUCCCAGUGCUGCAGUCAGCCAGGAUCUGUCCCAGCUCCUCAUUCAGGCUGGCCUUAUGAGAACGUAGGUACCACGCCGCUGAGGGACCACUGUGAACUCAAAUGUUAUACUCUCACAUACACUCUUUAUUUCUUGUCAUUUGUAUUUUUUAUCACUAUUUUACCUGUAUUAUUUUUCUAUGAAUGUGUUUGGGAUUUUCACGUAUUUUCAACUGUUCUCUGUUUUCGAUGUAUUUUUUUUUCUCCACAAUAUUCUUUCUAAUUUCUCAGUUCCUCUCUUUUCCGUCCUCUUUCUCUCCUCAUUCAUCCUACACUUCUUCCUCUCCUCCAGUGAGGCUGGAGAUGCUCCCUGUAUCACCUCUGCUGGUUUCCAGUUCCUCCUCUUGGACACAGCCUCUCAGCUCUGGUACUUCACACUACAGUACCUCAACACGGCACAGGUAGGUCCUCAUACAGACACACACACACAGUCUGGCGCAGCUAACCUUGUGGGGACAUACAAUUCAGUCCCAUUCAAAACACUAUUUUCCCUAACCUCUAACCCUAACCCAAAAACCUAACCUUAACCCUAAACCUAACCCUAGCUCCUAACCCUCUCCUAACACUAAUUCUAACCUUAACCCUAAACCCCCUAGAAAUAGCAUUUUACCUUGUGGGGACCAACAAAAUGUCUCCAGUUGGUCAAAAUGUUCUUGGGUUUACUAUUCUUGUGGGGACAUCUGGUUCCCACAAGUAUAGUUAAACACGUCCACACACACACACACACACACACACACACACACACACACACACACACACACACAGUUCCCCAGUAUUAUAUCUCUCUCUUGUCCUCCUCAUUUUUCAGACUCGUGGAAUGGACCUGGUGGAGAUUCUGUCCUUCUUGUUCCAGCUCAGUUUCUCAACACUAGGCAGGGUGAGUCUUGUAACACAUUACAGCUACCUGGCAGCUUACCUGCAGAACACUCAACUUUAACCACCGAUCGAUUUCUACACGGUAUGACGUGAUGUCGUGUCAGUCAUGUCAAAAUAUAUCAUAGUCAUUGUGCAUUAUUAGAUCAUGGGAUAUUCUGCUUAUAGUCUCUUAUCGACUGAUGUUGUCACCCCUGUCCUGUGCCCCCAGGACUACUCAGUGGAGGGGAUGAGUGAGUCUCUGCUCACCUUCCUACAGCACCUGAGAGAGUUUGGCCUC